GUUCCCGAUUAGCUAGUUAGCAGUGGCUAUCAUAACGGAAAGAAAGGAGUGUUCGCUUCAGCAGCAGAGGUGAAAUGACCUCAUCCACCCUCGGCCAUUCGGUGCCUCUCCUCCCAAACCUGGAUUCCGGGAUGGGGAAGUCUGCAGCCAUGCUCGGGUUGUCUGCCGGGCUAGGGGGAGCAGAGUUGGAGCUGCAGAAAAUGCUGAUCGAUGAGAGGAUGAAGUGUGAAAACCACAGGACCAACUACCAGACCCUGAAGGCUGAACACAAAAGUCUGCAGGAUGAGUUCACGCAGUCGCAGGGUGAACUGAGGCGGCUGCUGAGCGACAGGCAGGCUCAGCAAGAGAAAGUGCAGCUGUUGUUGGCUGAGCUGCGAGGAGAGAUGCUGGAUAAAACCAGGGAGCUGGAGGAGCUUCGAAUGCAGGUGAUGACCCCUCAGCGGUUGGAGUUGCUCAGAGCUGAGGUGCAGAAGGAGAUGGAGGCUCCGGUCCGAGAGAGAUUCAACAAACUGGAAGAGGAGACAGAGAAGUACAGGUCCGACUUCAACAAGCUGCGGUAUGAUUACACCUUCCUCAAGUCCCAGUGUGAGCACCAGAGAGAAGAACAUGCUCGUAUACUGGAGGAGAAGAGGAUUCACUACGAGGCAGAGCUCUCUCGCCUGGAGAAGGACAGGGAAGACCUGGUGGCUCAGUACCAGGGUUCAGACCCACUGCGUGAUGGGAAACGAGUUGAGGAUCUGUUGAGGGCGAAAGCUCAGCUCCAUCAGAGGCUGAAGGGGCUGGAGGCUGAGGUGGCCGAGCUUCGGGCCCAGAAGGAAAACUGUGGUCAGCAGGCUGAGAAUGUUCAACGUAUUCAGAUCCGACAGCUCUCAGAGUCCCAGGCUACAAUCAAGUCAAUGGAGAUUGAAAGUGUGAAACAUUCACAUAAGCUGGAGACGGACAGUGUCAAACUGGAAUGUAACCGUUCAAAAGGAGAGAUGGAGAGGGAGAGAGGCGUGCUGCAGGGGCAGAUGGAUGGUCUGCAGGUGGAUGUGGAGGUGCUUAAAGCUACAGUGGAGCGACACAAAGACAUCCUGGUGGAGAAGGAGCGGGAGAUGGUUAGGAGGGUGCAAGCGGCCCGUGAGGAGGAGUUCCGCAAAAUUGCGACCCUGCACGAGGAAAGAUUGGAGUUGGAGAAUCGUCUUGCUGCACUGGAACAGCAGAGGGCGCUGCAGGAAGCUACAGGUCACGCUCAGAAGGAGGAGUGGGAGGAACGUCUCCGAAGCGCCCAGCAAGGCGAGGAGUCGGCCCGCAGAGAAGUGCAGAACCUGAGAACCACACUUCAGCAGCAAAUGUCACAGCUCGAGGAGCUGGAGAGACAGAAAAAAGAGAUUGCUGAUCUACAGCAGCAAAACCAAGAUCUGGGUGUUCAGCUUGGGACGCUUUCGCAUUCUGAAAGUGACUUGAGGGAGACAAACCAGCAUCUCAGAGAAACACUGGACAGAGUCAGGGAGGAGGUGAGGACGACCCGAGGACAGGCCGAGAGGAGCCAACACGAGGCAGAGAGGAUGUUGGAAGAUCAUCAGGUGGAGUGGUUGGAGGAGAAGCACAAGCUGCAGCAGCGAGAGGCCGAGCUGCAGCACAAACACUCUCGGGUCAAAGAGAGACUGCAGAGGGCAGCGGCGGCUCAGAAGAAGAGGAAGACGCUGACAGAGAACAAAGAGAAGAGACUGCAGGAUAAGAUCCAGUUGCUGCAGGCAAAGAUAGAGGAACUGGAACUGGAAGCUGCUGCAGCCAAGAAACGUUCAUCAUUCUCAGUGGAACAAGCUCAACUCAGCAAAAGGCUGAAGGAGCUGCAGCGGCGACAUAACGAAUUUCGACACCUCCUCACCUCCUCACCCAACCCAUUCUUCCUCCUUGGCAAUGAGGGGCCAUUAGCCAACAUCCCAGACCACAACCAGAGGGAGUUGUCUCUGCUGCGUCGCAGGCUCGAGGACCUAGAGAGCGCCCAGCAGCUGCAGCUGGAAGAACUGGGAUCUGUGGUGCAGACUGACCAGGACCAGACUCCCCCGCCUGACCUCUGACCCGUGCACUGCUUCACAUUCGGAC